AUGGUACAUGUGCUCACCUUUGUUUGCCAAGAAUACAGUUCCAAACUCAGGGCCCAGAGACAUCCUUCAGACUCCAAAGCACAGAGGCUGCUGCUGGAAGUGCUGCUCAUGGGGGUCACCAAUGGUUCAGGCGUCCAGAAUGAGCACAUCACAAACCUGCUGCUGUUCAGCUUCCUCAAAAGCUGCUCCAACUGUAAUUUCCACAAUGAGCUGGAGGCGCUGAGUCAUGAGCUUUUCGAGCCAUUGAACCAGGGAGUGGAGGAGUAUGAGGAGCUGCAGACAGAUGGCAACCGGAGCAGCCACUUCCACGUGGGAAUAAUUGAGGCAGGUGCUGCCGAUUCUGAAAGUCAAGAGGAAGCCAUCCAGAUCAUUGCAGUGCGUCUCGCCCAAAUAGGGGAUGAGAUGGAAAGAAGGGUCCAGCCAAAUCUGAUACAAAACUUGGCAAGGCAUUUUAUGAACAUGAACUUGACAGAGGAAGAUAGAAGGAGGUACCUGGAAGCUGCCCUGGAGCAGGCAUUGCAGACCUGUCCCAUGGACAUGGAUUUGGAAAAGGCCAAGCUGAUGUUGACCAUGCUGUUGGCCAAAAAGGUGGCUGAUCACAUGCCUUCCUUGCUCCAUGAUGUCUUUCACACCACUGUGAACUUUAUUAACCAGAACCUACUCACCUACGUGAGGAACCUAGCCAGAAAUGUAAGAACCACUGAUAUUCGCCCCAUAGCCUUUCUUAAGUCCCCUUGA